GAUUGACACCGUGACCUUUGCCGUCCGCCAUCUUGCCUUACCAACUCGUCCUUCGUGAUGAAAAUUUUCCAGAUUUUUCUUAUUCACUCUCCUUCAACGCCGUCUUAAGUCUGAAGCCAGAUUUCAUCCUAGUAAGAGCAGAGAUCGGCCUGCUGUGGGUCUCCCACCGAAGUUCCCCAGCCCAGCUGUCCCAUGAUAACAGAUGAAAUCACAAGAGUGGUAACAGCUGACAAGGACAUAUGCAAGGAGGAGACCAAGAAGGCCGGUGUGGCUGCAGACACACAAGUAGGAGAGUGGAUGUUGGAGUGUGUCCAGGGAGACUACACUGCUGCACAGAAAGAAAUGAUGGACCAACAGAGGGCAACACAUCUUCCAGUGGCAGCAAAUCUGUUCUACAAGUGUGAUCACUGCGAUUUCUCAACGGGUACAAAACAAGAUUUGAAUGCCCACAUUGUGUCAAAACACACCGAUGAGAAACUCUACUUGUGUGGGGAGUGUAGGUACAGGACAGCUAAGAAGUCUGACCUUACAAAACAUAUGAAGAUACAUACAGGGGAGAAGCCGUUCAAGUGUGACCAGUGUAACUACUGCACAGUUUGGAGACAAGACUGGAAAAACCACAUGGUUAGACACACUGGUGAGAAACCCUACAUGUGUGGGAAGUGUGGGUUCAGGACAGAAUACAAGUCUUACCUAUCAAGUCAUAUGAAGAGACAUACAGGAAAGAAACUUUACAAAUGUGACCAGUGUGACUACUGCACAGCUUGGAAACAUGCCUUGAAAAUGCACAUGGCGAAACAUACUGGUGAGAAACCACACAUGGCUAAAAACAGUGGAGAGAAACCUCUCAGGGCUAAACACAUUGGUAGGAAAGCCCACAAGUGUGACCAGUGUGACUACACCACAGCUAAUGAGCAAUACUUCAAAAUCCACAUGGCUAAACACACCGGUGAGAAACCCUACAAGUGUGACCAGUGUAACUACUGCACAGCUUAUAAACAUGCCUUGAAAACCCAUAUGGCAAAACAUACUGGUGAGAAAACCUACAAGUGUGACCAGUGUGACUAUUGCACAGUUUGGAAACAUUGCCUGAAAUCCCACAUCACUAAACAUACUGAUGAGAAACUCUACAAGUGUGACCAAUGUAACUACAGCACAGCUCAUAAACAAGCCUUGAAAACCCAUCAUACUGUGAAACAUACUGAUGGGAAAGUCUACGAGUGUGACCAGUGUGACUACUGCACAGAUUACAAACAUGUCUUGAAAAGGCAUAUGGCUAAACACACUGGCGAGAAAUGCUACAAAUGCGACCAGUGUGAAUACAGCACAGCUUAUAAACAAGCCUUGAAAAUUCACAUGGCUAUACACACUGAUGAAAAACCCUACAAGUGUGACCAGUGUGACUACUGCACAGCUUAUAGACAAGCUUUGACAACCCAUAUUAUGGCUAAACAUACUGGUGAUAAACCCUACAUGUGUGACCGAUGUGGCUACUGCACAUCCCAAAAAACGAACUUGGACAGACAUAUCAUGGCUAAACACACUGGUGAGAGACCCUUCAUGUGUGACCGAUGUGGUUAUUGUGCAAUCCAAAAAAGGACCUUGGACAUGCACAUGGCUAUGCACACUGGUAAGAAACCCUAUAAGUGUGACCAGUGUGACUACUCUACAGCUAGAAAAGAAAACUUGGACAGACACAUGGCUAAACACAGCGAUGAGAAACAUUACAUUUGUGACGAGUGCGGGUUUAAGACAGGAGACAUAAGUGUCCUUUCAACUCAUAUGAGAACACAUACAGGAGAGAAACCGUACAAAUGUGACCAGUGUGACUUCUACACAGCUAGGAAAGGGGACUUGGACAUGCACAAGGUGAAACACCACGGUGAGAAACCCUACAUGUGUGGGGAGUGUGGGUUCAGGACAGCUUACAAAUAUGCCCUAUCAAACCAUAUCAAGAUACACACAGGGGAGAAGCCAUACAGAUGUGACCAGUGUAACUAUUGCACAGCUUGGAGACAAGACUGGAAAAAACACAUGGCUAUACACACCGGUGAGAAACCCUACAAGUGUGAUCAGUGUGACUACUGCACAGCUUAUAAACAAGCCUUGAAAACCCAUAUGGCCAAACAUACUGGUGAGAAACCCUACAUGUGUGGGAAGUGUGGGUUCAGGACAGGUUACAAGUCUGCUCUGAGAAGUCAUAAAAAGGUCUGUUCUAAGAAAUCAUAAUAUUAUGAUGAAAAUUGUUGGGGAAAAGUCGUACAAGUGUGAUCAGUGUGACUAGUGUAUAGCUAUGAAAUGCAUUGCUUGGACAAUGGACAUGCACAAAGUAAAACACACCAGUGAGAAGCCAUUGGCUGACCAAUUUAUGUGGCUGUUCACCAAGUUGGUAAGGUCUACCUCAGGUCAGGAUAUUUUCUGUUUGUUUUAUUAGGAUCUCCAUUAGUGAUAUAUUGCAGUAUGGAAAGUCUCGGAAAUUAUAGAAAUUAAGUUUAGCAUUUCAAUAAGGUAAGAUCUUGAUGCUGUCUGAGCCAAGCUUUCCUAUCAGGUACCAACUAGGGAUGGGUACCGGUACAG